GUGGAACAGACUGGCUGGGGCUCGCAGCUCUCAGUCUCUCUUCAGUGCUUUGUAAAGCAGUUUCUCUGCUUUUCCUCUUUUCCACACGCAAACUGGCGUUCCUGUUCUUUUUGCCUGAGCCAACAAGAACAAACGCGGCGGCAGAGGGGCUCCCUUGCUCCAACUCCUUCCGCACCAUGCUACCCUGGAGAAGGAAUAAGUUUGUUUUAGUGGAGGAUGAAGCUAAGAGUAAACCCAAGAGCCUGGGGACUGGGCUGACCUACCACUCCAUCCUCGCUUCUCUGCUGCGCUCCUGUCCUGACUUGCUGCCUGACUGCCCCUUCGACUGGGUGGGCAGCAUCUUCCAUACCAAACGGCAAAAGGUGGAACUGAACAAAGAGGAACCUGUUUAUAAUGUGCGCUACCUGGGGAGUGUGAUCACCAUCACAGCUAAAGGAGACGGCUGCACCCAGGAGGCAGUUGCCAAGAUCUGGGCGAGAAGCAACUACGGGGAGCAGAGUGUCAAAAUGAGGUUAACGGUGGGGCCGCAGGGCAUUCGGAUGAGCACCGACAAAUCUGGGAAAAACAAACCCAUUCACCUUUACUCCCUGAACAGAAUCACCUACUGCACCGCUGAUCCGUGCCGCCCCAAGAUCCUGGCCUGGAUUUACAGGCAUCAGGUCAAGAACAUGGCAGUAGUGCUUCGGUGUCAUGCUGUACUGGUCAACAAGUCUGAGAAGGCCCAGGCCAUUGCCCACAGCCUCUACCAGAACGCCACCUCUGCCUUCAGCGAAUUUAAACGGCUGAAGCGUCAGAGUGAUUUCCGGCACUGCCAGCAGCAGCUGUUGGGUGAGGAAGCAGUGCCCCUGAUGCCACUGAGGAGGCUGCUGAACGGCCAGUGUCACUACAGACCACCUGCUGACAACCCAGGAAGCGCCACUCGCCUCUGCUCCAUCACAGAGGAAGAGGAAGAGGAGGAAGAGGAGGAGGAGGAGGAGGACAGCAAAGAUGAGAAACAGGAGACAGAGGAACCAGAGGAGAAUGAAGAAGAGCAGCAGGAGAAACAAAAGGUUUUAAUAACAAACACAGACCCAACUCAGUUAUUAUCAGAGUUGGACAUUGGGGAUAUUGCCAAACUGAAGCAGUGCCAGAUCAACUUUGUCAGUGACAGCAACAACAACACGUUUACGUUUAUAACCUCUCUGGUGUGACCAUAACGUAGUGUAAAGAACGCGGUUCUGCAACCCCACAGUAACACACUCCUCUCCCUGCCCUUCACCGAUACCCCACUCAGGCUCCCUCUGCCCUGUCCAUAAAAUGUGAAGCGUUUACCAGAAACCUCUCCUCUUACCAGUGGUAGAGGGAAGACAGACGGUUGUUCUGUGGGAGUAAUUUCUCUGCUGACCAGAUGGCUCAGAUGCCGGUUUGACUGCAGCAGUAUGGGAAACUGCGUGUUUACAAAGAGGGCUGGUGAUGCACAGACUAAUGAUAGCACAAUGACGAACGAGGACAGUGAUUUCAGAAAACAUGAGAGUGCUGACAUCAGUGACAUGUGGGUCACAUAUUGAUCACAACUCCAAGCAGGAUGUCUUUGUUAGUCCUCUAGCUCUUAUUUUUGUGAGUAUAAUUAAUGCUGUGUGUGCCAGCAGGGACAAGUUUUGGAUUGACUUGUAAUAUUUUUCAGGGAGGUGUAAUUUUUCUAACAUGACAAUCCUCGUUGAAAUUGUUCACAGGCUGACAUUUUGCAGCACCUCACAACAGUGAGAAGUAGUUUAUUAAGGUUUUACUAUUGAUCACAGCUGACAAAUGAAUAAGGCGAUCAUUUAGGAAGCAAGCCAUCGAGUCGACAUGUUUAUUGCUGUCAUCUGUUAGAGUCCUUAUCAUUUCUGCAUGUCAGCAGUAACCUUUUCAUGCUGAGCUUUGUCUUUUUUCAUGUGACAUCUUUGAUCCUCUAGCUUUUAAAAGUAACACUGUGAUAAACGUGUGACCAGGGACAAUACACAGCUGUUCAUGCAGUAUAGUCUAGUUUAUGUGAUACAUUUUUAAAUAUAUAUCUAUUGCAGUGUCAUCUGCUUUGCCAAAGCAAAACAAAACAAAUUUCAGUUUCAUUGCUGUGCUCUCCUUAGCCAAGUUUUGCUAGUGCAGUUUUUCCACAUAAGCCCUUGCAAAAAUGCAGAUGGAUCCUUACAAUUUAACACACAACUGUUUUGAAUAUGACUUUAGCUAAUUUCCUGUAACAUCUGUACUACUGUCUAACGAUGCAUUGUGAUUCUUAUGAGAUGAAGCUAUUUAUUUUCUAAAUCUGAUGAAUAAAAAUUGCCCUCACUUGGGUUUCCUU